AUUUCACUUGCUCUCUGGGCAGCCAGAGCUGCGGAAAGAUUUUGCUUCCCUUGCUGCUGGCGCUUCCUCCAGUUGCUCUUUUUUUCCGAAGGGGACAGGAGACAGGCUAAUGGCAGCCUUCCUUGUCCCUUUGGAUCACGCUAGGAUUAUAAUCUCCUCACCCGGCUCCACAUUCGUCUUGUGCAAAAGAGCAUUCUUCACUUCAGCAAGGAUUCUACAACUGAUAACCAUCGAUAGGUUUUUCUGCAGCCUUUUCAAAUAAGCAUGGCAGAGGGAGGAACUUCAAGGCAUUGGGAGGCAAAGAGACGUGACGUCAAGAGGGCAGAGGCCAGGCUCAGCCUGGGGCUGCGCAGCUUAGAAGAAGCCCGGCUCUACUAUCUGAACACCAUGAGCAGGGAACAGCAGCGACUCCAGCAGGAACUUCUGACGUUGCAGAAAAGCUGCCCCAAGCAGAAAUUCUCAUUGGGCCCUGGACAUAUUCACUUUAAAGCAACAUUUCCUCCUUCUCUGGUUGCACAGAAUUCUGGUGACUUCCAUUAUACAGGAUUACGAUCUCAAAGAAAAACAUUGCCUAAGACUGGCGAUGUUGCAUGGACAAAGCGUCCUCCCAUCCAUCCAUGGAAGCUCAGUGGAGAUGUCUCCGGUUGUGAAGGAAAGAGAAAGGGACAUUUGCCACCCUUGGAGGCCAAAGACGCAAGUGUUGCUGAUGACAGAGAUAUGAGCAGCCUUAAAGACUCCAUGGCUAAGCAGUUAAAUAUUUCAGCAGAGCCUGGGGACCAGACUGAUAUCAUAGAAGAACAAGGAAAAGACUCAGUGAAAGAAGAGCCAAGGGAUCCUCCAGCCAAAGGCACCACGACCAUCACCAAACCCGUGAAUCGCCCUGGGAAUCGAAGAUCUUCUCUUGAUCGUGAGAGGCUGAUCAUGGAUCCUGAGGCCUAUGCUGCUGAUGGACGUCUCAGAACUAUGUACAACAGGCCUGAUUUCCUUAAGUCUUAUGGUGAAGUUAGGAAAGCCCGCUAUAUUCGGCACAAGGGUAUUCCAGCCUGGGAAAAGGAGCUCAACCUUCAAGAUAUAUUUGGGCACAAAAAAACCAUGGGACAUUCCUCCCAGGAAAUGGUUGCUGCCAAGGCUAAACCCUAA